AUGUUCACUCCACUCCUCGACCUCACCGCAGGUGAUCCUUUCUGCUCUGCUUCUGCUGCUUUCUUCGGUAUGAUGGGUUGCGCUUCUGCUCUCAUCUUUGCCAACUUGGGUUCUGCCUACGGUUCAGCAAAGGCUGGUGUUGGUGUUGCUCACUUGGGUAUUAUGGACCACAGACUUGUCAUGAAGGGUAUUGUUCCAGUUAUCAUGGCUGGUAUCUUGGGUAUUUACGGUUUGAUCGUUUCUAUCAUUAUUGCUGGUUCCAUUAACGUCAAGAACGGAUACAGCUCAUACUCUGGAUAUUCUCACUUGGCUUCUGGUUUGGCUUGUGGUUUGUCUUCAUUGGCUGCUGGUCUUUCUAUUGGUGUUGUUGGUGAUGCUGGUGUUCGUGCUUAUGGUAAACAACAAAGAGUGUUCGUCGGUUUGAUUUUGAUUCUCAUUUUCGGUGAGGCUCUUGGACUUUACGGUCUUAUCGUUGCUCUCGUCGUUUCUAUGAUUGGUCAAGGUCCAAAAUGCCCUGCCAUUAAUUAG